AUGUUGUCAUUGUUUUUGUUAUUAGUUUUACUGUCAACAAGCAGUAUAUCUAAUGCAACAAAGACAACGAUAACAAAUGAACAGAUAUUUAAUGAAGAACUACUAGUUAAACCUUUACCAAAUUCAAAGAUAUAUACACAUGUACAAUUUACAACGGAAUGGUCUGCAAACUUUAAUGAUCAAUCAACUUUUAAACAUUAUGAUUUAUUCUCUAGAUCAAUCGGUGAUUUGAUCUACAACGACUAUCACACCCCGCUCAACAUCACCUACUACCAAGCCAUUCCAUGGUAUCUUCGUGUCUAUUUCCACACAUUCCAAUUUGCCAUUAGUUCAAACGAUCAAACACAACAACAGCAACAACAAACCACUGAUUAUUCAGACCGUCUUUUCUUUAAGAAUGUAUCGCCUGCAGAGACAAGAUCAUCACCAUCCACUUUAGAACUUCAAUUUGAGUUGCCUGCCAACUCUGUAGCUUCAAUGUCGAUCGAAUUCGACAAAGUAUUUUUACACUACACUGAGCAUCCUCCUGAUGCCAAUCGUGGAUUCGACCUUGGGUCAGGUAUCGUCACUGUACAAUUAGAUGAAUCAAAACAUAGUCAUUCAAUCGAUAUUGAAUGGUCACCCUACACAUAUAGCCACAACAACAAUGACAACACACAAACAUUAACUACCAUACCUGUUAGAGUUUAUACUGAAGGUCUAUUAAUAACAUUACCAACACCUGAUUUCAGUAUGUUGUAUAAUGUAAUUACAUUAACAGGAACUGUAUUUGCAUUAUUCUUUGGUUCGAUGAUCAACAUCUUAAUUAGAAGAUUAAAAGAUACUUUUACAGGUGAAGAUUUUGUAUCUGAUAGACCGAUUGCAAAGAUUUAUAGAAAAUUAAUGAAAUUUAUUGAUGGCAAUAAAUAA